UGAACCAGUAGCCAGUAGUCAUAUGCGAGCGCUUUACAGCCAAAGAACUCCGCUUUAUAACACGUAUCUUUUUUUAUAAUGAAACAUUUGUAAUAAUAUAAUAUCUCUCAAAAUUUACAAAAACGGAAUAAUUGGAGAUUAAUUUUUUUACUAAAUUUAUGUAUUUGUAACAUAUACAUUUUCGAUAUAUAAAAAAUACGUUAAUCGCUUUAAACUUUGAAGUGAUAAUGUGAUAAAGUAUAAAUAAUACGUUUCAGUGUAUCUUUGAUCAAACACAUUGAAGAUAUAUCAAGAUAAUACAUUUUAUCUCGAAGCAAUUAAUAUACAUUCAGUAAUUUGUAUGAAUUAAAGUGUGAACAAUUGGAAACUAAGAAAACAGGAUUUUAUUAAACCGGCUAAUUCUUUGUCAACAAAAAAUGAUUAUUACUAUAUUGCUAUUAUUUAUUCUUAUUAUAUUGGUGUGUAAUUAUUAUGUGCAUUAUGGAAGAAAUGGGCGACUUAUUAAUCUUAUACCAGGACCACGAGGUUAUCCAAUUUUGGGAAAUGUAUUGCAAUUUCUCGGAUCACAGGAGGAACUAUGGAAGAUUGUGUCUGACCUUUCUAAUCAGUACUAUCCAAUUUUUAAAGUACGGUUAAUUUUUUUUUCUGGUGUAUGCAUCCGUCAUCCGGAUGAUCUAGAGGUAAUGAAAUAUAAAAGAUAUUGUG